AUGGUGGCGAUUCCUGACUCCUUCUUGGGCUCACUCUCCGAGUUCGACUCGUAUGACCUGACCACACACAUCGGCACUCGCUUCCCCGACAAGGCUGUCCAGCUCUCCCACCUCCUGGCCGCACCCAAUGCCGAUGAGUACAUCAAGGACCUCGCGAUCCUCGUUGCGCACCGCGGGGUCGUCUUCUUCACGAAUCAGGAUAUCACUGUGGAGCAGCAGAAGCUGCUCGGGUCGCGGCUCGGGGAGCUCACCGGGAAGCCGAAGACUUCGAAGCUGCACAAGCACCCAAUUACUGAAGGGACGUCUGAGCUUGGUACCGAGAUUUCUGUUAUCUCGUCCCAGGGAGGGAUUGCCCGCGCAAAUUUGUGGAAGGGCAGACUGGCUAGCAGUGGUUGGCAUGCAGAUAUCACGUUCGAACGGGUUCCGUCGGACUACGCGAUCCUGAAAAUCCACACCUUGCCGAAAGUUGGUGGUGAUACGCUGUGGGCCAGCGGGUACGAGGCGUACGACAGACUCUCGCCAGCAUACCAAAAGUUCCUGGAAGGACUCACCGCAGUACACAACGCUGACUUCUUCGUUGAGAUCGCAAAGGCAUCUGGUAUACCGGUCCAGGAUCCGCGUGGCUCUCCCGAUAACACUGGCAGCGAUCUGACAGCGGUGCACCCAGUCAUCCGGACGAACCCUGUGACGGGUUACAAGGCGCUCUUCGUGAACAAGGGGUUCACUAAGCGCAUCGUCGAGCUGACUCCCGAGGAAUCUGACAACGUCCUAGAGUACCUCUUCCGCCACAUUGCUGAGAACCACGACUUUCAGGUGAGAUACCGCUGGCAGCAGAAUGACGUUGCGAUCUGGGACAACAGGUCCAACUUCCAUACCGCGACGUUCGAUUACGAAGGAAAGCGCGAGGGCAACCGUGUGGUCAGUCUGGGCGAGCGCCCCUUCUUCGAUCCCAGCUCGAAGUCACGCAGAGAAGCACUCCAGAUCUCGUCCUGA